AUGGUGGGAUCAAGUACCUCAGCGGUCCUCUUUAUCUCUGUCAAUCACAGCAUCACUCUGAUGGGAAAAGUGUGGCUCAUUGUGAUGGUCUUCCUCCGUAUCCUGAUGCUCCUCUUCGCCGGUUUUCCUCUCUACCAGGAUGAGCAGGAGAGAUUUGUGUGCAACACCAUUCAGCCUGGCUGUGCCAACAUGUGCUACGAUCUUUUUUCUCCAAUUUCCCUCUUCCGUUUCUGGCUGGUGCAGCUCACCACCGUGUGUCUUCCCUACAUCAUUUUCGUCAUCUACGUGGUCCAUAAAGUGUCAUAUGCCCUCUCGGUGGAACACACUCAAACUUUCCAGCUGUUCAGAGUCCAACAGGAGUCGUUCAGGAAGCUACCUCCAGUGGCGGAGCAGCAGGGAGGAAUGCUGUGCUUUACUGGAGCCUACAUCCUCCAUCUGCUUUUCAGGACCCUGUUGGAAGCUGGGUUUGGGGCAGCUCACUACUACUUGUUUGGUUUCUACAUACCCAGAAGGUUUCUGUGUCAGCAUGCUCCCUGCACCACUCAGGUGGACUGCUACAUCUCCAGACCCACUGAGAAGACAGUGAUGCUCAACUUUAUGCUCGGCAUGGCAGCAUUAUCCCUUUUCCUCAACGUUCUGGAUUUUAUCUGCGCCAUCAAACGCACAGUAAGGCAGAAGAGCAACAGGAAGAUGAUGGUGGAAAAGAUAUUUGAGGAUGAGCAAUGUUUUCUGUCAGCUGGGGCCUCCAGAGGGACUGACCCGAACGUCUCUGUUCCUCAGCAAGAUCUACAAACACAGUCUGGGAAACUGGGAAGUUUCAGGAAGAGGCACAGCAGCAAGGACUCUUGUGGUGGGGUCACACUUGAUUUAAACCAGGAGCCACCCCUCCUGGAGCAAAGCUCUCACCCAUGCUCUCCGGGGGCUCCAGGCUGCAACACCAAUGGGAACAAUGCUUACUUGAUUUCCCAGGAGGACGCUCUGGAGAGGGAUGGCAGCAAGGUGGCUCUCUGUGCCCAGGAGCUCGUAGGGACUCCAAGAUCCAUCCGAGUUAACAAACCCAGCAGGCUCAAACCUCCACCUCCACCAAGACGGGACCUCGGAUUUCUCUCUGGAGGAUCAGCUGCUCCAGUUGGGGAUGUAUCCUCAGCAGCAGGGGUCUGCAGCAGGAGGUUGGGCCAGUACAUGCUGGUUGAGCUGAGCAGUCCAGAACAAACCAAUGAAGAUGGGCAGGAGAAAAGAUCAGAGUGGGUGUGA